GAUCGUUGUGCGGACAACAACUGAAACAGCAGGACGGAAGUUAACAUCUCGGAGGUAGCGGAGUGACAACAUCUUCCCACCGGCCCUUAACACCAUGGCUGAACCGGAACAGGCGCCAGAACAACCGAAGGCGACCGUGCAAAAGCAUAUUAUCGCUAGCAAGGUUACCGGCACCGUAAAAUGGUUUAACGUAAAAAGUGGAUAUGGGUUUAUCAAUAGGAAUGACACCAAGGAAGAUGUGUUCGUUCAUCAAUCAGCUAUAGUGAAAAACAAUCCCAGAAAAGCGGUGCGAUCAGUAGGCGACGGAGAAGUCGUUGAAUUCAGCGUAGUCGUAGGGGAGAAAGGAAAUGAGGCCGCUAAUGUGACAGGCCCAGAUGGAGAACCAGUGAGAGGCUCCCCUUACGCGGCCGACCGUAGGCGCGGCUACCGUCAAUGGUUCUAUCCAAGAGGUCGCGGUGGCGGCAGAGGACGUGGACGUCCAAGGGAUAACCAAACUGACGGUGAAGGCAAAGAGGGGUCCGGUUCGGGCGGUGACGGCCAAGAAGGUGGGCCAGGACGCCGUUAUCGGCCUAGGCGUGGACGCGGUGUAUACGGAGGAUACUACCGUGGACCUUACCGCGGCGGACCACCGCCCCAAGGCGGCGAAGAAGAAGUUGGCGAUGGUGAGAACAACACCAGAGGCCGUGGAGGUCCACCCCGUCGCUUCUUCCGCAGAAACUUCCGCGGAGGAAGAGGCGGUGGCCGCAGACCCCGCUCUCAAGAAGGUGGUCCAGCGGAGCAAAGUGGUGAAGAGGGACCUCGUGGACAACCGCGACCCCGCUUCCGCAGACGCGGAGCUGGACGUUCUCGCACAGAUAACUCCCAAUCUGAUUCCGCAAACAAGGCUGAAAAUGCCACAGGAACUAUCAAAACGGAAGAGAGCCAGCCUGUGCAGAAUACAACCACCGAGAGUACAGCUUAGAUCUCGAGUGGUAUAAAAAAGCAAGAAGAAAAGAAGAAAAAAAACAUAAUAUUAAAAAGAAAAAGUAUAAAAAAAGAGAGUAUCAAAAGAUUUGAUUUUUUUUAAUUCGUCAAAAAAAAAACAAAAUUAAACCAAAAAAAUACGCAAAAUCGUGAAUUUUCCGGAGGAAAAAUCUCUAAGGAUGGGUAUUUUCAAGAUUUGUUAUCAUAACUUAGCUUUUUUCAACAGUGUUCAGCCUUUGAUUUUUUAUGUGGGUGUUUAAUUAAUAUACUUAUAAUUGGUGA